AUGGACAAAGUACUGUGGCGGGUGAUCACUCUGAUCAACCAGCUGGCGACGGCGUCUAGCACCACGGCCUCUCUGCAGACCAAGGCAGAGAGUGAUAACCAAACUGCCAAGAAAUACAUGGAGGACAACGAGCUACUGAAGCAGACUCUGAUGGAUGGGAAGGGGAACAAGGCCACAGCAGAGGGAAACGAGCUGCUGAGAAAAGAGAUGGAGAAACUGAGAGGAGAACUGAAGGGCUCAGGGGAAGCCUUGAAAAAGUCUCAAUCCGAGAUGGAAGCUAUGAAGAACCAAUCCGAUGGACUGACCAAAGAAUACGACCGACUGCUGAAAGAACACCAGAAUCUUCAAGAGUGUGGAGACAAAGGAUGAUCGAUCGGGCUUAUGACUACAGCUGUCAGAACGUUUACAGAUUGUACCAAGAAACCAGAAAAAAAACACUGUCACGCACGCUGUCAUUUUCCUUUGACAUACUGAAGCACUCUGCAUGAUGUCACCAAAAUACUCCUCCAAAGCACCACUGAGCUGGCAAACAUUAGAUAAAAAGCACCUGAGCACGUUUGUAAUAGAAUAGCUACUA